AUGAACGACGUCCUUCUAAACUCCGUCCACCCUCUCCCCGCCAUUCGCGUUAAGCCUUCGUCCAGCGUGCCUGCGGGUUCGCUCAAGCUCGGCCGCUCCUCGUCCACCAAGAAGCAUCAACCCCAACAACCACAACCACCUCUCAAUGCCGCUCUCGACUCUAUAUCCCGUGUCAUUAAAGGCGCCAAUAGUCUGGUCCUGUCACUUCGCGAUGGAUUGUCCGAUUUGGAACGGGAGAAUAGGAGAAAGAAGGAGGAGCGGAGGCUGGUCCUCUCCGUUCGCAUGAAGAAUGCCCAAACCAGGAAACAGUGGCAGGAUGCCGCCGAAGAACUCGACAUCCUCGAAGAGAACGACCUGUGGAAACUGGACCCUUACACUGGAGACUAUAACGCCCCCCUGAUCGAGGCCCGGUUGAAAGAGCUAGACGAUGCGCGCAUAAACUGCGACACUCGUGCCAUGAUGCACCUCGUACGGACCGCCCUCUGUCGAGAUCUCGGCGGCAUGGGAAAUGUCGAUUUGUACAGGCACUCCUACGUUGGAACCAAGAACCUAAUCGAACGAUACGUCGACUCGGCCAUGCAAACCAUCGACGCCCUGGUCGAAAAGAGCCAGUUUGCGCUUCCCGAUGGUAUGGGGCAGAGGGACAUUCUCGAAAGCGUCUUGUACGCUCGGCAGAGCUUUGGCAGAAGCGCCCUGUUGCUGAGCGGAGGCGCAACGUUGGGUAUGUCCCAUAUUGGCGUCCUAAAGGCGCUUUUCGAGGUCAAUCUGCUGCCGCGCAUCAUAUCAGGUGCCUCAGCAGGCUCCAUCGUAUCAGCCGUCAUUUGCACGAGGACAGACGAGGAGAUUCCCCGUCUCGUAAAGGAGUUCCCCUAUGGUGACCUUGCCGUCUUCGAUGCCGAAGAGAACCCGGACGGCGUGUUCGACCACAUGCGGAGACUGCUCACAGAGGGAAGCUGGUCCGACAUAAAACACCUGACCCGCGUCAUGCGUGGCCUGGUAGGAGACCUCACUUUCCAGGAGGCAUACAACCGAACACGGCGGGUGCUCAACAUCUGCGUAUCGACAGAGUCCAUAUACGAGCUGCCACGCCUACUCAACUAUAUCACGGCGCCUAACGUCAUGAUCUGGUCUGCCGUGGCUGCAUCAUGCUCUGUUCCGUUGGUCUUCAGCGCUGCCCCCUUGCUGGUCAAGAACCCCGACACCGGCGAGCAUAUGCCCUGGAACCCGACACCGCAGCGAUGGAUCGAUGGCUCCGUUGACAAUGACCUGCCCAUGACGAGGCUUGCAGAGAUGUUCAACGUCAACCACUUCAUCGUCUCUCAGGUGAACCCUCACGUUGUUCCGUUCCUAGCCCGCGAUGACCAGCUGGAUCCCGACGAGACGUCGCCACGUCGAUCGAGUCUGUCGCCCAGUAAGCAGGAUUUUGAUUGGGUUUAUACUCUCACAACUCUUGCGAAAGAGGAGGCUCUACACAGGCUGCACUUCCUGGCUGAGAUUGGCGUCUUCCCCAAUCUCGUCACCAAGCUUAGGAGUAUCCUCAGCCAGAAGUACUCGGGCGACAUCAACAUCCUCCCCGAAGUCAAUGUGCACGACAUUCCAAAGAUCCUGAGCAACCCCAGCCCCGAGUUCAUGCUGCGGGCCUGUCUGAUGGGCGAGCGAGCAACGUGGCCGAAGCUCAGCCGGAUUCGCGACCGUUGUGCUAUCGAACUCGCACUGGACCGUGCCGUGCAUCGCCUGCGUGCCCGCGUCGUCUUCUCCGAUAGCCAGGUUGACUUGCGGAGACUGACUACGGGCAUCGUCCUUCCACCGCCCUGGCCUAAAUCAUCUGCGGCCGCCAAGCAAAUGUCGUCCUAUUCUCCGGCCCUGACUCUGGAUACCGAAGUCGUCAAGAACAGACAGCGCAGGUCUUCAGGUAGCAGUGUGCAACUCAUGGCACACCACCGACGCCUGAUGGAAAACGUCCUCACAGACGAAGAAACAGAGGAGGAAGAGCGCUUGGAGAUGCGCGCGAGACAUGGUCAUGGGAGCGCCUCGCUUGUCGUCGUCCGCAAGCCCCGUCUCAAGAGAGCGGCAAAGAGCCACUACAACGUUUCCCUGGCGAGAGGACCGAUGACCAGCCCGAUAAACCCGGCGCAGCUCGAGGCCGUCGAAUUUGACUUUGGAAAGCCCGUGACACCGCCAUUGCACCGGUCACGCCACUCGGAAGGUUCGCUGUCUCAUGAUAGAAGACCCAGCCACUUGGACAUGACACCAGCGAAAGAAGUAGAGGUCACGGCGCCAGGAUCGAGGGGCGAAGCCACGUCGCAUACGGACGAAAUGGAGACGUCGGAUUUGCAUUCUUCCGAUGGGGAUGUGGAAUCGCAUACUGAGGACACCAUGUCCGACCCUGACCCCUAUGAGCGGAAUUGGCUUCACGACGGGACGAAUGAGCUGGAGACGACCCCCAAGAACGACAAGGAGUUGCUCGAGGUGAGCAGCCAUGAGCUUGUGCCCGUGGGCGAAUCGUUGAGCGGACUGUGGGAUUGA